AUGGCUGUUCCCCCACAAAACAACGGUCGGGUCAUCCUCCACCUUGAUUAUGACUGUUUCUAUGCAUCAGUCUUUGAAGUUGAGCAGCCAGCACUGAGAUCUCUGCCACUAGCUGUACAGCAGAAACAGAUCGUGGUCACAUGCAACUACGAGGCCCGACGGCGAGGGUUGCAUAAGUUGCAACUCAUCAAAGACGCCAAGCGCAUUUGUCCCGAUGUGGUCAUCGUCUUGGGCGAGGAUUUGACCAAGUUCAGAAAUUCUUCCAAGGAGUUGUAUCUGAUGGUUCGGUCCUUUGUUUGGGGUGGACGUGUUGAGAAGCUGGGGUUUGAUGAGCUUUUUCUAGAUGUCACUGAAAUGAUUGAUUACAAUACCGGGGUCUUGAAUCCGAAUGACCUGUCAAAUUCGUUUUUUCAUCUUGAUCGGAAAGACCCUACUGUCGGCUUUGCUUAUGAUGCUACGCGAUACCAGGGAUCGACCUUUCCAGCAACGGAGGAUGCGCCUAUCGCUCAGAAGGAUCCAUCUUCUUUAGAAAUGAGGUUGCUUGUUGCUUCUCACUUGGAAGGCUUUCUGAGAAGCCAUAUGGAGCAUCAGAUAGGUUUCACCGCUACAGGUGGAAUUUCAACAUCUAAACUGCUGGCAAAAUUAGUUGGCAAUGUCCAUAAACCGAACGGACAAACCACUCUUCUACCUCCAUAUAAACCGGCUGAAGAUAUCCCCAGCAACAUCACCCAGUUCCUGGAUAACCAUGAGAUUCGAAAAAUUCCUGGAAUCGGCUCACGGAUUGCUGAGAGACUGAAAACUCAUAUCUCAGGGGCAGAACCCAUCGAUGAUGAAAUUACUGUACGAGAGAUCCGCGAGUUCCCGGGAAUGGGGCCACUCUUGCUGGAAAAGAUUCUUGGUGGACCGGGGUCCACGAAAGGGAUCGGGACGCGCAUAUGGAGUAUUCUCCAUGGAGUGGAUAAUACAGAUGUGCUCGAGGGUCGGGACGUGCCCACCCAAAUCAGUAUUGAAGAUUCCUACGGCCGACUCGAUACGCUGGAAAGUGUGAGGCGAGAGCUGUGCACACUCUCACGAAGCCUGUUGCGUCGCAUUCGGACCGAUCUUCUUGACAGGACUGACAGUAGCAUCCCUCAAGGGAGAUGGCUUGCCCAUCCUCGCACUCUGCGACUAUCGACGCGGCCAAGGCCCCCGCCAGACAAUGACACAGCGCGUACCUACAAUUUCAAUCGCAUUUCCCGAUCCGCGCCUUUGCCGUCCUUUAUAUUUAACUUGGAUGAGAACAUUGAUGCCUUGGCUGAACGAUUAGUCAAAGAAAGUCUCUUGACUAUGUUCCGAAAACUGCAUCCUGAAAAGGCCGGUUGGAAUCUCAGUCUGAUCAAUGUUGCAGUGACCAAUAUGGUUGAGACAGCCGGUGAUCAAAAGCAAAGCAGUGGACGUGAUAUUGGCAAGAUGUUUCGACAACAAGAAACGGUGCUCAAAGACUGGACGGUUCAGGAACCUGAUAUCCCAGUGGUACCUGUUCAGAUUUCCCAAUCUCCUAUUGGCAGUUCACCCGGGCCUGAGCCACAGUCUGCCGAGGCCGCGGAUGACUGGGAUGAUGGCGACGAAGAUGAACCACUGGCUAGCAGUGUCCUCUGCCCUAUCUGCGGGGCAUGUAUCCCUCAUUUCGCACAGGUGGCUCAUGAGAUGUAUCACGCUGCAUCGGAGUUCUCAACAAUCUUGCCCUUAAUAGGUGCUGUGUCGUCGCUCUUUGAACAGACAUACGCACGGUCACAAGCCUCAGAGGCUAUUCGCCAUGUUACGCCAGUCGAUAAUGCCAUCAUUCGUACUCCUUCACACCAAAUAGACCAUUUAUCCAGCUUCGAUGUUACCUUUAACCUAAACCAAGAUGGCAAGCGGAUAAAGCUAGAGCUCGAACCGAAUCACGAUAUCCUUUCCGACGAUGCCUACGUGCAAUACCUCGGUGUGGACGGCACGAUAAGACACGGGGAAGCGAUCCAGCGACACGAGCACAAAGUGUUCAAAGGUCGCGCCCUAGUAGGAUCAGGCACAGGGCGAUGGACACCCGUUGGUUGGGCCAGAAUCACCGUCAAAAGGGAUGGCCAAGAUCCUCUCUUCGAGGGUGCAUUCAGCAUCGACAACAAUAAGCACCACAUUGAACUGCAGUCAAAUUAUAUGCACAAGAAGCGCCCGAUUGAUGCCGAUGUUGAGCCCAGGGAUGGAGAGUAUAUGCUCGUCUACCGAGACUCAGACAUGUUCCAGUACACACACAACGAGCUGAAGCGGUCGCUGGACUCCUCCUCACUCACUGGAUGUGGAUCAGACACCCUCGAUUACAAUGCCGAUCUGUCCAAUUCGAUCUUUCCCUAUGGUGUUGACGCAUAUGACGGACAGUGGGGUGUUGCCUCGUUGAACUCGCUGUUCGGCCUAAGCAAGCGGCAGUCCGACACCAGCGGUGUGUCUGGAAACACGGGCGGCGUGAACCUGCAAACGACCAUCGGUGAUACUAGUGGCUGCCCCAAGACAAAGAAGGUCGCUCUAAUUGGAGUUGCGGGUGAUUGUGCAUUGACCGAGUCAUUCAAGGCUAGCAACGACACUCCCAAGGCCGCGGCCAAGGAUUGGAUCAUCAAUAUUGUCAACACAGCAUCCAGUCUUUACGAAGAGUCUUUCAAUGUGUCGAUUGGCCUGCGAAACUUGACAAUUUCUGAGACGGGCUGCCCCUCUACGGGCGCUUCUGGUACGCCAUGGAACGUGGGUUGCGACAACGGCAAUGUUACCUGGCGUCUCAAUGAAUUCUCCAAGUGGCGUGCUCAAAAUGCCGAUAGCAAUGCUUAUUGGACUCUUAUGACCGAUUGCCCGACAGAUAGCGAGGUUGGUGUCUCGUGGAUGGGUCGACUGUGUACAUCUGACUUGACCACCGCCGGCGACAGCUCUGUUACUGGCGCCAAUGUUGUUGUCCGCAAUUCUGGUGCUUCUUGGCAGGUGUUCGCCCACGAGACUGGACAUACCUUUGGUGCUGUUCACGACUGUGAUUCGGAUACUUGCGCGCAGAACUUGCAGAGUUCGUCUCAAUGUUGUCCGCUGUCCUCGUCAACUUGCGAUGCUGAUGCAAAGUAUAUCAUGAACCCCUAUGCUAGCAACAGUAUGACCAAGUUUUCAGACUGUACCAUCGGCAACAUUUGUUCCGCCAUUGGAAGAAACAGCAUCAAGUCCUCCUGUCUGUCAGACAACAAGGGUGUCGUGACGAUCAGUGGCAGUCAGUGUGGUAACGGUAUUGUCGAGGCCGGCGAAGACUGCGACUGCGGUGGCGAAGAAGGCUGCAGCGACAACUCCUGCUGCGAUGCAUCAACCUGCAAAUUCAAGGACAAUGCCGUCUGUGACGACUCCAACGAAAGUUGCUGUUCUAACUGCCAAUUUUCCUCCGCCGAUACCGUUUGCCGUGCUAGCACAGGCGUAUGCGAUAUCGAAGAGAAGUGCAGCGGAACCUCCCCCUCCUGCCCGGACGACAAAUUCAAGGACGACGGCACAACCUGCGGUGCCAAGGAUCAAGGCCUCAGCUGUGCCAGCGGCCAGUGCACCAGCCGUGACUACCAAUGUCGAACAGUAGUCGGCUCCUUGCUAAACACAAACGACACAUGGGCCUGUGAAAACACACAAUCCCCAUCAUGCAGUCUCGUCUGCGGUGCACCCUCCCUCGCCCACUCCUACGGCACAACCUCAUGCAUUAGCAUGAACCAGAAUUAUCUCGACGGCACACCCUGCGACUCAGGCGGCCGCUGCAGCUCAGGCCAAUGCAAGGGCUCCUCCGCCCUAGGCUGGAUCAAGCAACACGAGAAACUCGUAAUCGGCGUCUGUGUCGGCGGCGGCACUCUCAUUCUCCUAGCCCUCUUCUUCUGUAUAUACAGUCGCUGCCGACGCAGCGCUGCCCAGCGCAAGAUGCGCAAGGCCAUUCCUCCCGGCACAUACAGGCGGUAUAAUGGGCCCCAGCCGUCUGCCCGUCCACCCCAGAUGAAUCAGUGGCAUGGCGUUCCCAAUUCUGGCUAUCAAAACGUGCCUCCCCUUGGACCGCCUGGGUAUCAGCAUAUGCCACCGCCAGGCCCUUCACCACGCUAUGCUUGA